UUUUUUUGACAAAAAGUACUACAAUUAGAUCGAACACAAGAAGUACAAUUAGUCGGGCACUCUAAUCACAUCAGGCCAUCAAUCGCACAUAUUCACCCUUGGCAACACACACUCUUCCUCUUCCGCACCUCCUCUCUCUAUUUCUCCGGCGAACCAACCUUCUUAGGGUUAGGGUUUGGGUUUCGAUUCUCCGACCACUCUCCAAUGAUGGAAAGGCACAGAGGUGACCGUGAUCGUGACCGCGACCGCGACCGAGAUUAUCGUGACCGUGACCGCAAUUUCCACCACCAACAACGCCGCCCUUCUCGGUUUUCCGAUGGUCCUCCGGUGGACCACAGCCGUAGUCCUGGAAAUUACCGCGGCGGCUUCUCUGGUAGCCGCCGCGGGUUCGAAAGCCCUCCUCGGCAAUUACCCCCUGUUAGCGAUAACGGAGGUUUUCAUCAUCCUCCCGUUGGUGGGUUUUGGCGUUUGGGCGGGGAUGUCGGAGCUCCUGAAGCUGGUUUUGGGAAUGAAUUACCGGUUCCGCCUCGGCCGAUGCCGAUGCCGCAACAACCUACUCCUUCUAUUGCUGGGCAGAAACGUGGCUUCCCUUUCUCCGGUCGUGGUGCUUCUCCAGAGCAUUUUGAUGGGAAAAAUUUUGUUAAGCUUUUUGUGGGCUCUGUACCCAGAACUGUGACAGAAGAAGAGAUCCGACCAUUGUUUGAAGAACAAGGAAAGGUGUUGGAGGUUGCCUUGAUAAAAGACAAGAGAACUGGGCAGCAACAAGGGUGUUGUUUUAUCAAAUAUGGUACUUCUGAAGAAGCAGACAGGGCAAUUAGAGCACUACAUAACCAAUAUACUUUGCCUGGGGGACUUGCUCCUAUACAAGUUAGAUAUGCUGACGGUGAACGUGAACGUCUUGGUAAUGGCACAGUUGAGUACAAGUUGUUUGUGGGUUCACUGAACAAGCUUGCUACAGAGAAGGAAGUGGAGGAGAUUUUUGCACCAUAUGGUCGUAUUGAAGAUGUAUACCUCAUGCGUGAUGAAAGGAAGCAGAGUAGAGGCUGUGGAUUUGUCAAGUUUUCCAGUAAGGAUUCGGCAAUGGCAGCUAUCAACACUCUGAAUGGAAUAUUUACAAUGAGAGGUUGUGAUCAACCUCUGAUUGUUCGGUUUGCUGAUCCAAAGAGGCCUAGGGCUGGAGAACCAAGGGCUAAUCCUGCUUUUGGAAGUCCAGGUUUCGGUCCUUCCCCACCACAAGGAAUCCGGCCAGCCUCAGGUAUCAAUAUUCCUGUUCCUAUGGGUGGUCGGGGACCACCAAAUGCAUGGCAGCCUAUGAGCCCGCAAAAUCUAGGCCCAUCUCCAAGCGUUGGUGUCCAUGGGUUUGGCAAUCAGUUUCCUCCUAGGUCUGGUGACACAGCAAUUUCUGCGACUCCUGGUUCUCAUUUUGGUCCUGGAGGCAGGCUCACAGAAGCUUCCAUUGGAGGAACUGUUCCUGCUGCUUCAACAUCUCCACAGAAUUUCAAGCAAUCUUUUUCACAAGUGCCUCCAAGUGGCCAGCAAAUAUCACCUUUGCAGAAGCCCCUUGAGUCACCUCAGCACAUCCCGACUCCCUUACAACUACGUCAAGGUGCAGGAACAUAUAAUCAGGCACCUGUUUCUCAAGCUUCUGUGAGGCCCCAUUAUCCCCAAGCUGGUGUUCAAGCCCCAUACAGCCAACCAUAUCCAUUGCAACAGCUUCAUGGUUCAACUGGCAGUAUGCCUACUCAGUUUCAAGCGCAGCAGAGUGCCACAACACCUAUGACCAUACAACCCCGACCUAAUGCUGCAUCUACAAACACAAAUUCACAGCUGCCUACUUCAACACCACAGCAACCGCUUCCUUAUCAACAAUCUCCAUCUCAGAUAACACAGAUGUUAUCACAACAGCGACAGAAUCUGCAAGCUAGCUUUCAGUCAUCUCAGCUGGCAUUCUCUCAACUUCAACAACAGGUUCAAAUGAUGCAACCAUCAAUGCAUAACCAACCAGUACAGCAGAAUUUUCAGGCUUCCAGGCAGCAGUCACAAUGGGCUGGUGCCACACCAACAACAGCUUCCAGUACACCUGCUGUCCCACCACCCUCUGACACACCUUCCACAUCUUCUACACCUGUUGCAAGUGCUGCUGCUAGACCAGCUCCAGUUAAAUGUAACUGGACAGAGCAUACCUCUCCUGAUGGGUACAAAUAUUAUUAUAACAGUAUAACUGGUGAAAGCAGGUGGGUGAAACCCGAGGAAUUGGCGUUAUAUGAGCAGCAACAGCAGAAGCCAACUGCUCUACCACCAUCUAACCAGCCAAGCCUGCUUCCAAAUCAGCAGGCAACUCAGUCACAACCACCGCAGUUUCAGACACAAUUUCGCAACACUGAGCAGUUACAGAAUCCGCCUUUGUCAUCAAUGUACCAGGCUCCGCGAGGUAUGGGCAACGUUAUGGCUCAGGAGGCUUCUUAUCCACAAUUACAGGCACCUGCUAAUUUAGCCAAUGCUCGCUUCCAACAAGGCCCACAGGCUGCACAGGAAUGGAAUUGGAAGAGCAACUCUGGUGGUCAGUCAAAGAACCUGAAUUCAUAAUCCAGCUCUGCAUCUGAGUGAUGGUCUAGUUAAGGAUUGGGUCAAUGGAAUCCAUGACGUUUUGGAGCCAAUGUAUCAUCAGUUACAAAUACCUGGGCGCUGUGUAUGUAAUGUAAAUGUUGGGUAUUUUGCUCUCGUCCUGAUAAUUUUAUCAGCCUAAGUUAGUUUACUGUCUACAGUAGGUCUCCUGAUCGCAGCAUUGUUAUUGCUUCUAUUAUUGAGGCAUUCUAGGUGGAGCUUUAAUAGUGUAGUAUGUAGUAACUUAUUCAUCCCCGCUAUCAUUUUGGUAACUGACUAGAGUCAUGAGAGUAGGUGCUCUAAUCCCAACUUGGAGUGGGAAGUUGCCAAAGUAAUAGCAUAGAUAUGUACCAUAUAUUUAUUGAUAAUCACUCAUACCAUGGAAAAUAAAGAAAAAUGAUAGUGUUACACCAAUCUUUCAAUAACAUCAUCAUUAUAUUAUAAACUA